AUGCUGCGCGAGCUGUGCGUCUCGGACCUGCUUGCUUUGAGGAGAACGUCCCGCGUGCUCAACAUGCUUGUGACAGAGAACGCACCUGCGAUUGUGCGCUACUGGGUGAAGAACCGGCUCGGCAAUCUUCAUCUACAACUUUAUCCGGCUCCAAGACCGGACGCGAUCGACUUCCCGUUCUUACUCACUAUGAGACGGCGACACAUAGCGUCCAUCAGGUUGACACGUCAGCUUGCCAAUCACCUUGUAGGGGAGCCAACCGAACAUAGGCAGCUGUGGACAUCGGUGUACGAAAGGAUGCUGCCCCUGGUCUUUGGGGUAGGCUACUUUCUAGAUGAACAUCGACGACUACUUCUGGAAAGAGAUCUCGGCCACAUUCGACCACGCUCCCGUAUUGGCUAUCACGUCCGUACGACGGGUGGUAUCAGUAGCCAAGAAAGGAAGAUCUUGAAGAACCUGGAUGCACCACUUCGACUUCAGUACUUCUACAUGUACUGUUUCAUUGUGCAGGUGCUGCUUCGAAAGCUGAGACCUUGCAGUCGUGCUGGAGCAGUGGAAAAGUUCCUGCGGGGAUUUUCAAACCAGCCAGCCUGUUCAGAGGAUGUGGCCUUCUUCCUCAUACUUGGUGGCAUUGGGCAAGUUGCGAAGCUCCUCGCUUGCCCGGUAUAUAGCGAGCGGCGAAGAUAUCUCCUAACGUAUAGAGCUCACAUGUCGCCGCAUACGAGUAAAUGCUGGAGAAAGCACUGGAAGGAUGCUGGUGUGGUUUCACCUGCGUUACUAGACGAUAUUCCUUGUACACAGAUUGGCAUAACGCAGCUUGAUCAGGUCUGGGCUCCACUGAUAGCCCAGAUGAUGGAGACGGGGGCGAGAGACUUUACAGAACAGGAAAGGAUACGCUACGAGGAGCUGAAGAUGUCGAAGAAGUUCAUCAACGAAGUAAUGGGGUAUGACAUCCUGCGAGGUCGGGCAGCUGACGGAGGAGAGUUGGAUGAUGAGCACGAGCCAUGA